AUAUUUGACUGCUUGAAUUGCAGUGUAAAAACUUCAAUAUCUUACUUUUUAUCUUCGAUGUUGUAAACUUGUACAUUGUACACUGGCAGUAUAAGGAGUAUAAGUUACUAUUAAUUGAAUAACAGAAAAGAAACCAUAAGGGAAAAUUGAUCUUUCUAUUGGAAGAGAAUAAGCACAAAACACUGUCCCAAAGAAGUGUAGCACUCUGUGUUAUUUGAUGGAUUGUUCUCUUGUUAUAUUCUUUCUAUGUUUUAUCGCGCUUUUUCCUCACUUCUCUCAAUCUUCUGGUGGAUUUUCCAUAGGGAGUGUCGAUAAAGAAAUAAAUCCAUGGAUUUUGAAAUUGACGACUAAUUCUUCGUCGGCCUCAAUUGAUCCAACACGGGUUAUUCAAAUUUCAUGGCACCCCAGGGCUUUCAUAUAUAGGAAUUUUUUGACAAAAGAGGAGUGUGAUCAUUUGAUCUCUCUGGCUAAAGAUGAUCUAGUGAAAUCCAAGGUAGCUGACAUUGAAACAGGAGGGAGCAUUGAAAGUGAAGUUCGGACAAGCUCUGGCAUGUUUCUCUUGAAGGCUCAGGAUGAAGUUGUUGCUAAUGUGGAGGCCAGAAUAGCUGCUUGGACAUUUCUCCCAGAAGAGAACGGAGAAGCAAUUCAGAUAUUGCAUUAUGAACUUGGGCAAAAAUACGAGCCACAUUAUGAUUUUUUUAAGGACAAGAUCAAUCAAGAGAUAGGUGGUCAUCGCGUGGCUACUGUCCUUAUGUAUUUAUCAGAUGUCGAGAAGGGUGGAGAAACAGUUUUCCCUAUAUCGGAGGCUGCAGAAUCUCAACCAAAUAAGGGUGAUGACUGGUCUGAUUGUGCUAAACGUGGCUAUGCAGUAAAACCAAGGAAGGGCGAUGCCUUGUUGUUUUUCAGUCUACAUCCUAAUGCAACAACUGAUUCUUUCAGCUUGCAUGGAAGUUGCCCGGUGAUUGAAGGCGAGAAGUGGUCUGCUACAAAAUGGAUUCAUGUAAGGUCAUUUGACAGUCUUCCAUCAACUGAUGAGUGUGUCGAUCUGGAUCCAGGCUGCGCCCCUUGGGCUGCUGCUGGAGAAUGUUUGGAUAAUCCUUUAUACAUGGUUGGCUCUGAAGGCUUUGUAGGUCAUUGUAGGAAGAGUUGUAAUGUGUGCUAGUGAUAGAAAUCCUUAUUACAUGUGUUUCUACAUCUCUUUAUCAAUACAGCAAAGCACAUCCACAAUUGAUGUGUAUCAGUUUAUUUAUGAUAUGUAACUCGAGCUAAA